AUUUCAUAGUGAAAUUUUCCUCCAGCAGAAGCAGAAGCACAGAAGAAGUUGUCCCCGUCACGAAAUAGCAGGUGCAAUUUUGGUGCCAGUGUUCCCCCACGGAAAAGUAGUGCAAUCGGCCAAUGACGGUCUAGCGGUACAAAAGUGCAUAUCAAAUAGUGGAUUCCAAGGUAACUUCGUGCCAAUUACGCCACGGAACGCACGGUUCCGGUCACCUUUGAGUGCCAUGUCGUCGAAACGUAAAUCACCACCGAACAAACUGUCCAACGCCUCGUCGCCAACGGCCGUUCAGGUUGAGAAGAAUAAUUUCAAGAAGAUUUCACUGAAAAACGAAGAUCUAAUUAAAUCUUCCCCGGUCAAAGAACUGAACUGUGCAUUCGACGCCAGUUUUUUAUCGAUGCAAAAAAUGCAGGCCCAAAUGGAGCCAAAGUUCGUGAAAAAUGAACACAGCGAGUACAUUAUGAGUCACCAUCCGCAUCAUCACCAUCAGCAGCACCAUCCGUUCGGAGGCUUCGGGGGUAUGCCCGGAGGUCAUCCGCUCAUGAUGGAUGGAGAUUUCCAUCAGUUUAAUUUGCCAUUUCUCAAUGUUGCCAGCUAUAUCUUGAAAGGAUCGGAUCCUACCAUCGCCAAACACGAUAACUACCAGCUGACAAUGAAUCUCGAUAAUCUUAACAUUUCGAAUAACCAACAAGAGAUGCCGCUAGCGGCGCAACAUCAACAGCAGCAGCAUCAGUCACAGCAAACACCACCUCGUAAAGUAAACAAUCUAAUUUUGAAUCAUCUGAAAUCAAUCGUGGAUAAUUUUGACAGUUUGAACAAUAAUGUUAACGAGAAAAAUUCAUGUACACCACCUCCUUCGGUGUCUCUGCCGCAAUCACAACAACAACAACAACAUCAACAACAUGAUUCGCCCCAAGUUAACAGCUGUCCGACUACCAUGGGUCAACCCCCCGAUGGAACAGUUCCCUUGCUGAACAACCACGAUGCAGAGAAGGGUCAAAAUUACGAAGGCUUCCGGACACGGCUGGACGAACGCAUCAGCAAUUUGCAGCUGAGUAAACGGGAAAUAAAUCUAAUGAGGCUGAAUUUAAGUCUGCUGGAUUUUCCGAACGAAAUCCCGCCGAGCCUUUUGAACAACAAUCACACCAACAGCUACGAGCGGCCACCACCGGGGGAGGAUCUUAAUUGUAGCACCUCGCAGAAUAAUAUGAAUAUCAAAUUAAUCAAAAGAAGUUUCAAAGAGUCUCUCUACGAGAAGGAGAAGAACAUCAACCGGUUGAUCAUGUAUUUCACCAUUUGGCGGGAGAUGCUGCUGAAGGCGGAGUUUGUAAGGCUGCUCGAGUGCAGGCGGGCCUCUGAGAGUGGAUUAAAACAAUGGCGAAAGAACAAGCUCUGGAGUGCCAGGCGUGAUACCGCGAAUAAUGCUGAAAACAAAAAGUACAAAUUCACAAACAAUACCUCCAAAUCAAACCUGGACCCGGCUAGUCUAAUUCCAAGCAACUCGUCGGCACUGGGUACACCGCAACGCCAAUCUCCGACGGCAACGGUGACAGCGGCAUCGGUAACCAGACCGUCGGCCAUAUCACGAAGCAUUCUGCAACCGAGUGUAACACCGGCGGCUUCAACGUCGACUUCCGGAGAUUGCGAUACACCGACCGGAGAGGAGACGACCGAUGCCGACAACUGUAUCCAGCGCUACCGUAAUGUAUUUCAGGCCAUAUCCAGUAAACCGCAGGAAACGCAGGUCAGUCGAGCGAAUCCCCGGAAGAAUGCUAGAAAACGACCUCCCGGUUUUCCGGACGAUUUGUUGGCCGAGAAAUGUUCGCCGGUUGAUUUGCGUUCCGGGCCGACGACGCCGUCCUAUGAAAUUGACUACGAGAAAAAGGAAGACCAAAGAUACCUGAAGGAUGAUGCACCGAUCAACUUGAGCAAACGGAAGAACGACUACCGGGAGAGUCCAAUGAGGGAACUUAACAACGGCAGCAAACUAAUCGGAGGUAUCUUCAAUCACUGUGAUCCGGACGAACUGAGCCAACGGAUUGAUGGUGCCGGGUUACCGCAGGCGGUUUCCUUGCUCGACAAUGAUCCUGAACGAUACAUGCUGAAACCGAAACGGGAACGGCUGGAUCCGGAACCGAGCCUUUUCGAUUACAAGCCAGAUUCGUUGAAACCGAAACUCAGUCUGUAUCAGUCACCUAGUCCUCAUCAUAGUCCGGACGAGAAGCAGUUGAUGAACGAUGCCGGAUUCUCGCUCCCUCAACCAUUUUUCAUUAAAAACCCGGAUGCUCACGGUACUUCGGUAAAUCCACCGGGAUUACCUGUACCCUUCAAUAGCAGUGCCAUGCUAGACAAUAUGAACCGCCAUUUAAUGCGACAGCAACAACAACAGCAGCAUCAGCAACAAAUGAGUGUUGGAAUUCCACAGGGAAGCAGUAAGAAGGACAAAUCCAACCAACUCAGUAUCGAUAUGAACCCGGCGGACUUGAAUACAUCCAGGCGAUCUGGGGCGGAGAAGAAUCACAUCAAGCGACCCAUGAACGCCUUUAUGGUUUGGGCCAAGGACGAGCGGCGCAAAAUUUUGAAGGCCUGUCCGGACAUGCACAAUUCAAACAUUUCCAAAAUACUCGGAGCCCGUUGGAAGGCUAUGACGAAUCUAGAGAAACAGCCCUAUUACGAAGAGCAAGCAAAAUUGUCCAAACAACACAUGGAAAAACAUCCGGAUUAUCGGUAUCGGCCACGGCCCAAGCGAACUUGCAUCAUCGACGGCAAGAAAAUGCGUAUCUCGGAGUACAAAUGUCUGAUGAAGAACCGCCGGCAGGAGAUUCGACAGUUUUGGACCCGGGACUACGACGGAUCCAGCGAUCAGGGCAGCUGCCCUCUGAAGGAACCCGGGAAGGGAAUAAAGAAUGAGGCCAUGUGAGAAAGCGCCGGGGUGGGGUGGCAACGGGAUACAGUUUUUGAUGGCUUUGGGAUGUAAGGCGUGCUGUUGAAUGAAUGAGUAGGGUUGAUGUUUGUUUUUUUGGAAAAAAAUAAAUGAUUGGUUGAGAAA